ACCACCAGGAAACGGAUUCUUUCAAACCAGCACCGCAGAGCCAUGUCUGUAGACUUGCAUUUCCUGAGCGAUGCGGGGCCGCUGUGUUGGAUGAAUGUUGCUUCUGAAAUAUAGUGCCAGGCGGCUACGACUCUCUCGUAUUGUGUGAAACAAAAAGCAACGAGAAGGCAAUUUUGACAGCAGAUACUAGAGAACGAAACAACGUUUAUUGCCCCUUUCUGAUAAUUAACAAGUCGGUCUCAAAACCUGCCUGUCUUAAUGAAAACAGUUUAUCCGGGAUUUCCUUUUCAUGUUUGGAAACUGACACUGCGGUGGUGAGAAUCCCAUUAAGAUCCCCGCUUAACUGAAGAUCAGGAUGUCUUGUUGAGUAAAUUACUAGGACUGGAUUGUGCGAAUCAAACCUUGACAUCCGGCCCACAGAAUCUGCAGUGGCUGUCUUCUCCAGAUAAAAAAAAAAAGGCACACAGGGAGAUAACUAUGUGAUUAACAGACUCCCAGCUACUGAGAAGAUAUCUCCCUGAUAGAUUGCAGAAGCCAAACAGCAAACCGCUUGGUAUGGAGGGUUUCCUAAUCUGAAUCGCCACUACUUCUCAAGUAAUUAGUUAUGAUCGACCUGUUUCUGUUUGCCGUGACCACCAUGACACCGGCCCAAAACAGCACAAACUCAAACAGCACCAGCGGUCUUGGAACAAAGACAGAUUCGAACACAAACAUUGUCACGCCACUCCUGGUGCUGUUCCUGCUGCUUCUAAUCUGCAUUCUUUCAGCUGUCUAUCUUCUCAGGUUUAGAAACCAGAGGAAGGCAGAUGUCAGUACUGUGGACAAGAAGAUACCAAAUGGCAUUUUAGAAGAACAAGACCUCAUUAAAACUCAGGAGGACAAUGCUGGAGAGCUGAGCACACCGUGCUCUCAAGAACAACAGACUGUCAUGCUUCUCACAAGAUCACCGUCUGCUUCUAAGAAGUACUUCCCCAUUCCUGUUGACUGCUUGGAGGAGGAGUACAGGAUACGCUCAGCCGAUGACGGAAAACUCUUUCGGGAGGAGUUCAACUCUUUGCCAAAUGGGUACACACAAGGCACAUGCGAGGAGGCCAACAGAGAAGACAACAAAGAAAAAAACAGAUAUCCAAACAUCCUUCCAUAUGACCAUUCCAGGGUGAUUCUGACGCAGAUUGAUGGCAAUCCUUGUUCAGACUAUAUAAAUGCCUCUUACAUCGAUGGAUACAAGGAAAAGAACAGAUUUAUAGCUGCACAAGGUCCGAAACAAGAAACCGUUGCAGAUUUCUGGAGAAUGAUAUGGGAACAGAAAUCUGCAACUAUUGUUAUGUUAACAAAUUUAAAAGAAAGAAAAGAGGAUAAAUGUGAUCAGUACUGGCCUGACCAAGGCUGCUGGACGUAUGGAAAUGUUCGUGUUGUAGUGGAAGAUUUCACAAUCCUCGUGGACUACACCAUACGCAAGUUUUGUGUACAGUAUCAGACCAGUGAGGGCUCCAAAGCCCCCAGAUUGAUUACGCAGCUUCACUUCACCAGCUGGCCUGAUUUUGGAGUGCCUUUCACACCCAUCGGAAUGCUCAAGUUUCUAAAGAAAGUAAAGACAGUCAACCCCUCCUUCGCCGGCCCCAUUGUGAUUCACUGCAGUGCUGGCGUGGGCAGGACAGGGACCUUUAUCGUGAUUGACGCUAUGAUUGACAUGAUGCACGCAGAGCAGAAAGUGGACGUGUUUGCAUUAGUGUCAAGAAUACGAGAGCAACGUUCACAGCUUGUUCAGACUGAUAUGCAGUACUCCUUCAUAUAUCAAGCUCUUCUGGAAUAUUACCUGUAUGGUGACACAGAACUUGAUGUCUCCUCCUUGGAGGGACACUUACAGAAGCUGCACAAUACCUUGGCUCCAUUUGACAGAGUUGGGCUGGAAGAGGAAUUUAAAAAAUUAACUAAUGUUCGAAUAAUGAAGGAGAACAUGAGGAUGGGUAACCUGCCGGCAAAUAUGAAGAAAAACAGGGUACUUCAGAUCAUUCCAUAUGACUUCAACAGAGUGAUUCUCUCGAUGAAAAGGGGCCAGGAAAAUACAGAUUACAUCAAUGCAUCAUUUAUAGAUGGCUAUCGACAGAAGGAUUACUUCAUUGCAACCCAGGGCCCUCUGUCACAGACAGUGGAUGAUUUCUGGCGAAUGGUGUGGGAAUGGAAGUCUCAUUCUAUUGUAAUGCUCACAGAACUACAAGAAAGAGAACAGGACAAGUGCUUCCAGUACUGGCCAUCAGAGGGCUCUGUAACACAUGGAGACUGGACAGUAGAGAUAAAGGGGGAUGCUCGCUGUGACACUUGCAGUGUGAGAGAUUUUAUGCUGUCAUUUAGCCCAGAGAAACAGACGAGGCUAGUCCGCCAGUUCCACUUCCAUGGCUGGCCUGAAAUUGGGAUCCCGGCCGACGGGAAAGGGAUGAUCGACAUCAUAGCAGCUGUGCAGAAACAGCAGCAGCAGUCUGGGAACCACCCCAUCAUAGUGCACUGCAGCGCCGGAGCUGGAAGGACAGGUACAUUUGUUGCACUCAGUAACAUCCUUGAGCGAGUGAAGGCUGAAGGUCUUUUAGACGUGUUUCAAACUGUGAAAAGUUUACGCAUGCAGAGACCCCACAUGGUGCAAACACUGGAACAGUACGACUUUUGCUAUAGAGUGGUACAAGACUUUGUCGACAUUUUCUCAGAUUAUGCCAACUUUAAGUGAAUAACUCUGCCUUUUAAAUGCUGAUUGGCCAGGGUUGUUUGUAUAACUGCAUUAAAUUAUCAUAUAUUUUGCUAUGCACUUGUCCUUAAUGCAACAACAAAAAAAAAACAUAAACGCUGUGUCAUAGUGUCUUAAACCUUUGUUUUCUGUGCAAAUGCCCAAAAGAAUUGCUGAUGUAAAUGAUACAUAAAUAUUUCAGGUCAUGAAAUUUGACAGUAUUACAUGUAUAUGAAAUUGGGUAUUCAGAUAUGGCCAAAAGUUUUGCAUCACCUAGAAUUUUAGGAUUAAGACAAAAAUUUAAAAUUUAAAAUUAAAAUGUUAUGAACAUAAUUUAGAUUUAUUUAACAUCAUGUAAUCAAAGAAACUACAAAAUUAUAUUGGAAAAGUCCACCGGAAACCAGAAUAGUUGUACAGUAUUUCAUGUUAGAUUUCGAAAUGUCACAUUUUUAAAUUUGUCAGUUUUUCGUUAAGUAUAUGGAAAACUACAAAUUGAUAUGUAAUUCAAUAUGUUAACAUAGCAUUAUUCAGCAGGUUUCAUUUGACUUUAUGAAGCAAAAUUAGUUCAUUUUAUAGGGUGAUGCAAAACUUUUGGCCAGAGCUGUAGCAGUAGUAGUUGCUCUUACAUUAUAUACAGUAUAAUACAUUGUUUGUUUUAAAUGUAUGCUACUUUUCAUUUGCACACUACUGUGUUCUGCCAACUGAGAUAGUCAUUUUUUUAGGAAGGUAAAAUACUGCUCUUACAUUUUAAGCACUUCUAUGUAAUAUUUAUGUUAGUUUAUGUAAUUGUGUUUGUUUGCUGUCCCCCACCCCCUGUACAUUUUUAUUUAUUUGUUUAUUUAGCAGACGCCUUUAUCCAAGGCGACUUACAGAGACUAGGGUGUGUGAACUAUGCAUCAGCUGCAGAGUCACUUACAAUUACGUCUCACCCGAAAGACGGAGCACAAGGAGGUUAAGUGACUUGCUCAGGGUCACACAAUGAGUCAGUGGCUGAGGUGAGAUUUGAACUGGGGACCUCCUGGUUACAAGCCCUUUUCUUUAACCACUGGACCACACAGCCUCCUACAUUACAACAGCAUUUAAAUAUGUAUAUAUAAAUGGUCAGUUAGACUUGGAAAUUAGUAGAAGGAAUUUUUAACUGGAAAAUGAUGUAUUUGUUGAUGGAGCAGAGUGGUAUCACAAUGUCUUCAUGGGUCUGUGAGCUCAAACAAGAAAAAAGAUUGCAACUGUCAACAAAGAGACUUAAGAUUUUAAAAAAUGGACCCUAUGCUAGUACUGUACCUGAUUAGACCUUGAGAUGCAUCUUAUUGUCCCCCCCAAUGCAGCCACAGUCUUCAAUAGCCCAACCAUAAACCGAAUACUCUAGCCAUCAAGUAUCAAGUUAUGCAAUGCACAUGUAUUCCAUUUUAAAGCAUCUUUCUUUACGCCUAACCCACUGCUGAAAACUAAUAUUGCUACAUUAUUAUACGAAAAUAUUUUUUUUAAAGAAUGUUAUUACAAUGAGUCACAUCAAGUUAACUGUUAUAUUCCACAUAUCCAGGGCUGUUCAUUUGUGUAAAUGGGUACUUAAAAUUAAAUCUGCAACAUAAUUAGGAAGUAUGGAGUAUGUUCAUAUUAUUUGGUACUGUACUGUAUUCUACCCAUUUUUUAAAGAUGUGAAGGCUGAAGCACAGUACUUGAUUUACACUGCCAUGUAAUAAGGCUGUCAAUCUUCCUAGUGAAGCAAGCAUGUUGUGUGUGUAAUAUAUUACUGUGAAGAUGUGUUCAUUUGUAUAUACUUUUUCUUAAUAUGCUACAGCAGCAGAGCCCUAGUUCUGAGGUCCCAAACUGCAGAUAUAUUUUUAGAAUUGUUCGUACUUAUUUUAACAUUUGGAUGUUGCAUGGAGCAGCGCUAUAUAGUGAUUAGAAAAAAAUAUUUCUGAUCAGCAUUUAUUGGAAAUGGUCACUGAGUGACUAAAACUUAAAAACUUUAAAUGUGUCUUCUUUGUAAUUUAAAAAAAUAAAAAAAUAUUAAAAGACCAAAAUCAUGUGAAAGGCAGAGCUUUGUGUGUGUCAUGAUCCCUCUAACAAAAUGAAAACUGAAAAAAAUGUAGUUGCAUUUGUGACGGUGAAAUACAAAUGCUUUAUUUGAAAAGUUAUAUUGAAAAUGGUAAUAUGUAAAUGAAAUUAUUAUCAUUGCGCAUAAGAGUGUGGAUUGGGCUUGAUGUUUGCUACUCUACAAUCGUACCGUAGCUUGCACUGUUGUUUCUUUUUUGUAAAUGUCUUGAGGAAGUUUAUGUUGUCUUUGUAUAUACAGAAUGCAAUAUCAAAUACAUUCAGAAAAACACAA